AUGGCCAUAGUCCUGCCAUCUGUUAUUCAGGCAGCUCCGGCCGUUCCACUGGGACCUAACAUUCUGUCCCCAACCCACAACCCCGGUCAUGGCAUCCGCAUUGUGGACUUCCUCCUCAGCCCUUCGCUAUCCCCUUCCGACAAACGCAGACUCUUGAAGCAAGCCAUCAUCAGGGAACAAGCAGAAGCUGCUGCUUCUGGAAGAGGGGAAAAACACUCUACGCCAAGGCAUCCCGACGAUAACAAACGUCUGGAGAAACGCCAGAUGAGGAUAUGGAAAAGCAAGAAUGAUACUGCAGACAAGUCACUCCCAAGCGUGGCUAAAAUCCUUUCCGAGCUCAAAUGUGGAAAGAAGAAGGACACCGGAAAGGACAAACGCAACUACGAAGGCCCCCUUUCCGACGACGACGACGAUAUACUGAUCAGAAAGACACGUGGAGCCUUUGAACAGAAGACCGUUGUGGUUGACGAGAAGAUAAUGGUCAACGAGCCUCGCUAUCUCAGAAAGGAACAGAUGAUUCGACGGCCUACACACCCUGUCGAAUACAAGGAACACAGAGGGGAGAACAGCAAGCUAUGA